GCAGCUGCACCUGCCGAAUCACUUCGCUAAUCUUGCAUCCCUCUUCCAGCUGCAGCUCCCACACGUUUUGUCCAAGAGCUCGAUCGUCCGCUGCCUGUCCAACGAGCUCCUCCUAGCUAGCUCCAUCGAGGCGCGCCAUUGCCAUGGAAGCCGCACGGAUCGCGUCCCUUCUGCUCCUCCUCGGGGCCGUUUGGUCACGCGCCCAGCCUGGCGCCGACGCGGCCGGCACGACGGUCUUCACGCUGCGCAACAACUGCACCUACACGAUCUGGCCGGCCACAUUGUCCGGCAACAGCGCCGUCGCCGUCGGGGGCGGCGGCUUCGAGCUCGCUCCCGGCGCCAACGUCUCAUUCCCCGCCCCAACGGGUUGGUCCGGCCGGCUCUGGGCGCGGACCGGCUGCGUCGCCGCCGCCUCCGGCGCGUCCCUCGCCUGCGCCACGGGCGACUGCGGCGGCGCCGUGCGCUGCACCCUCGGCGGGGCGCCCCCCGUCACGCUCGCCGAGUUCACCCUCGGGGGCGCCGACGGCAAGGACUUCUACGACGUGAGCCUGGUGGACGGGUACAACGUCGGCAUCGGCGUGGCGGCCACGGGAACCAGGGUGAACUCCUCGACGUGCGGCUACGCCGGGUGCGUGGGCGACGUGAACGCGCUAUGCCCCGCGGAGCUGCAGGUGGCCGGCAAGGAAGGCGCGCAGGAGGGGAAGACGGUGGCGUGCCGGAGCGCGUGCGAGGCGUUCGGGGCGGCCGAGUACUGCUGCACAGGCGCGCACGGCGGGCCGGACAGCUGCGGGCCGACCAAGUACUCGACGCUGUUCAAGGCGGCGUGCCCAGCCGCGUACAGCUACGCCUACGACGAUCCCACCAGCACCUUCACCUGCGGCGCCGGGGCGCAGUACCUCAUCACCUUUUGCCCCGCGCAGUAGUAGUCAUUCGAUUUUUUUUACUGGUGUCGUUCAUUGUUAUGCAGCUGUGUCGAUUUUGGUUAGUAUCGUUCAUCCGAAUUACCAGAUUUAUAUUUGUUUGGUCGUGUCGAUAUGUAUGCUUUUGAUUCA